GUCAGCAUAUUCUUUAUUAUAAAUAAUAUUUAAAAGGAGGAAAUUUCACUGCUCGUCUAUAAAUUUGAAUCAUUUUUUUUUUCUCAGAGCUGUGGUCGUUUCAGGAGACGAAGAGAACUUUCUGUUGUUGUACUCCUAACGUGGACCCUAUUUCAUGAUGAAUAGUGUGAUUUUAAUUCUGCUGGCCUGUCUUGUCUUAGAGAAGACGCUGGCAAAUCCGGACGCGUAUAACGGAUAUGGGGGAAACGGAAAUGGCAAUGAAAAUAAUGGAGAUGGCGAUGUAGAUAACGGUGACAACGGAAAUACAAGUAGUUCUGAUGAUAGCGAUGACAGCGAUGAUAAGGAAGAAAACAAGGAAAAAGGAAAUAACGAAGUCUGCAAAAAUACCAUCAGAGCAACGUGCGACAGGUUUGCAGAUGGGGAUUUUUAUGAGUGUAUCGAAUGUUUUGAGUACUUUGAUGACAAAACUCAGUGUAUCCAAGCAAACGAAAGACGAUGCAUAUGGGAUGAUGAUAGAAGAGUAUGUAUUUUUGACCUUGAAAUUGAUACUUAAUAAAAGCUAUCGAUCAAAGAUCAAGAG